AACACGUUGUACACGAGGAAAUAGAUUUAAAAACACGGAACAAGCGCCACCACAGUCUCAGUCUUCUACUUUUAACUGUUUACAUGUGAAGCGUCGAGUCCGACAGGCUGUAAAAAAUGUGCAGCGUCAUGUUUCUUACAGGACUUUUGCUUUUCAUGAGUUGUGCCGUUGUUGACGCUUUAGACAAUGGUUUGGCGCUGAAGCCCACCAUGGGCUGGCUUCACUGGGAGAGGUUCAUGUGUAAUGUCGACUGUGACAGGGAUCCUGAUAACUGCAUCAGCGAGCGUCUCUACAUGCAGAUGGCAGAUGUGAUGGUGAAGGAGGGCUGGAAAGAGGCCGGUUAUGAAUACGUCUGCAUCGAUGACUGCUGGCCCUCACAUCAACGCGAUGCCCAGGGCCGCCUUCAGGCAGACCCCAAAAGAUUCCCUGGGGGCAUCAAGAAACUGGCUGACUAUAUUCAUUCUAAGGGUCUGAAGCUGGGGAUCUAUGCAGAUAUUGGGAAAUAUACAUGUGCAGGAUACCCCGGCAGCCUGGGUUACUAUGAGACAGAUGCUCUGGCUUUUGCAGACUGGGGUGUGGAUCUGCUCAAAUUUGACGGCUGCAACAUGGACCGGGCCUUGGUGGGAGAAGCCUACGUAAACAUGUCAAAAGCACUGAACACGACUGGGAGAAGUAUCCUGUACUCCUGCGAGUGGCCUUUGUACGAAUGGCCUUUGCGACAGCCAAACUACACGGCCAUUCGUGAGACAUGUAACCACUGGCGCAACUUCCAAGACGUGUACGACUCAUGGAGCUCAAUCAAAUCCAUCUUGGACUGGACUGCUUCUCAUCAAGACAUCAUCGUCCCUGCAGCUGGACCUGGGGGCUGGAAUGACCCCGAUAUGCUGGUCAUUGGGAAUUUUGGCCUGAGUCACGACCAGCAGGAGUCUCAGAUGGCAUUAUGGGCCAUAAUGGCAGCGCCUCUGCUCAUGUCUAAUGACCUGAGGGACAUCUGUCCACGCUCCAAGGAUCUGCUGCAGAACAGACGCAUCAUAGACAUCAGCCAGGAUUCACUGGGCAAGCAGGGAUACCGCACUGCUAAGAUGAAUGGCUAUGAAGUGUGGGAGAAGCCUCUUUCUCAGAACCGACUGGCCAUCGCUGUCAUGAACAGACAGGAGAUCGGUGGUCCUCGACAGUUCACCAUCAGAGCAGCUCCUGGUUGGAAGAUUUGUUACCCUAAGUGUAGCAUCAAGCAGAUCCUUCCUCAGUACAAGGAUAUGGGCAUUCAGGCUCCGGAUAGCAACAUUGUAGUAACCAUCAACCCUUCAGGCACUGCACUACUUACCCUCACUCCCAUCAGCAGCAGCAGCUUUGAGAGGAUGCACAAAAGGGUGUGGCAGGACAUUUCCAUCAAAGACAAGCACAACACUGUUUUGUAGAUGUCUGGUGGUUCAAAGUGUUUUAAUUUGUGGGAUUUAUUUUGAAAUGGUAUAUAAUUGGCAAAAUGUCAUUGUUCACUGGCUGUUAUUUCCAAAAGUAACAUGAAUGUUUGAGUCAUGCAGAUUGAGCUAUCAAUUUAAAUUUAUCAUGAGGGUCAAGUAUGCGGGAAUGUAUCAAUUCACCAUUGUCUUGUGGGAUACAUGUUAUGAUCAGGUUGGAUCCUUUGUCAAAUAUUUUAUUCUGUCAUAGCAGCACAGAAAGAACAAUCUAGUUAAUUAAAUGGGCCACUAUAUGUUUUACGUCAUAUUGGAGUUUGUGAUACUGACUGGCAAUAAAUCCUGCACCCUGAAUUUUAAA